AUGGCAGACGCAACCGAGCAGCAAGUCAACGUUCCGGGGCUGUUGUUCAUUCUGGUCCUGUCUGGGAUCUUGAUCAAGUACUUGUUUUCUUCGGGGUCAGGGAACGGGAACGGGAAUGGGGAUAGGAGGAGGGCGACGGGACAGCAGGACCUGGCGGCGAUGGCGAGGCAGAGGGAGGCGGCGGUGCAGAGGGUUAUGCAGAUGUUUCCGCAUUUGAGCAGGAGGGAGGUGUUGUGGGAUUUGCAGAGGACGGGGGGGAAUGUGGCGUUGACUGCGGAGAGGAUUUUGGGGGGACGGCUGGAGAGUCCCCCAGCUACGUUCCAGCCGCCGCCACCACCCGAGGGGAGCGCUGGUCCGGCUGCUUCUGGGAACGCGAAUGUUAAUAGCGCUGUCAAGCCGCCUGUGCCUGCACACCCGGAUCUGAUUACGAGGUAUAACCUGGCGGAGAAGUUGAAGGGGUCCGAACCUGAGGAGGACAACACCAAGGCGGGUGGGAAAGGGAAGGCGUGGAGUUCGAACAAGGAUGAGAGGCAGAGUUUGUUGCAGAAGAGGAGGGAUCAGAUGAUUCUGGAGGCGAGGAGGAAGAUGGAGGCUAAGAUUGCUGCAGAAAAGGCUGCGAAGGGGUUGUAG